AUGACGUUGAGAGGAGGAGAAUCGGAUGAGGAAGAGGAAUUCGGGCCAGGGCGCCUCAAUGAUGCGAUGAAAGAUAUCAACUUCUACAGAACGACAGAUGGAUACAGCCUCGAACCUGCCCCUCAGUAUAGCCUCCGAACAGCGGAUCAAGACGAAGGCGUGGAUUAUGGCGCUCAUGGAUUCAUGUUCAACAUUGUAGCAAAAAGGAGUGUUGUCAUCACCGGGGUUCAAAUCUGUUCUGCAGACGGCGGGCCGUUUGAUUAUGACAUUUACACCUGCCCUCAACCCUGGGAGCAUUCGUUUCAGGAUGAGACCAAAUGGACAGCAUGCGGCGGAGGGUUUCGAGUAUCUUGCGUGCAAGUGAACAUUCCUGGUCAUGAGCAUGGGGAGUACGGGAAGUUGCCCUUCACAGAUGAGGGCGUCAAGAUCUCGGGGGGGCAGACAAGAGCGUUCUACAUUCACAGCAAGAACGAAGACACCGCCGUCGGGUAUCACCUUCUCGGAGAUUCAAGCAUAUUCGACGGCCCCUUUAUCGACAAGAAGGACAAGAACGUGACGGAACGAGACGCAAACAUCCUCAUCACCACCGGGACGACUUUCAACCAGCCGAUGCCGUUCAAAGAAGCUCAGUUAGACGAUCUUUAUCGAGGCUUCUUAGGUAUCAUUGAGUAUGAGUUAGAUCACUAG